CUCUUCCAAGUUCCAACCCCUGAUUUCAUGUUUUCAACGGACCCCAAUAUUCUCUCCAUCACCAAAUUCUCCAUCUCCAUUCCCUCCGUCUGUCCCCUCUCCGGACGGCGGGGCAGCCCAAUUUCCGCCUCCUCACCAAAAUAAUCACUUUCUCCCCUUUUUCCUUUUAUAAUUUCCGAAUCUUAUGUUGAAUUAUCAUCUGGUGGGCCGUGUACAAGAAAAUGGCGCCACGCCGGUCAAAGCCUUUCCAGCUGCUGGAGAUGAACAUAAUAUCGGGCCAAGAUCUGGAGCCCGCAUUCAGGAAGAUGAAGACGUACGCUCGGGCCUGGGUCAACCCGGCCCGCAAGCUAUCAUCGUGCAUCGACUCGGACGGCAAUAACAACCCGACGUGGAACGAUAAGUUUGUUUUCAGGGUGGAUGACGAGUUCCUGCGUGAUGACACGUCAGCAGUCAUGAUCGAAAUCUACGCCGCCCAUUGGCUGCGUGAUGUCCUUGUGGGCACCGUCCGUGUGCUCGUAGCCAAUCUCAUACCGCCACCUGUCCUUACCAGGGGUCGAAACAGCGACCAUAUCGGCAUGCGGUUUGUUGCCCUUCAGGUACGUCGUCCAUCUGGGCGUCCGCAAGGGAUAUUAAACAUAGGCGUAGCCUUACUCGACGGCUCAAUGAGAAGCAUGCCUUUGUACAGCCAACUAAGUGCCUCAGCCGUCGGGUUCCGUGACGUGAUUCAGGACCCACCAAAAAACCAAACCAAAGAAUCCAAGAAAAACAACAACAACAACAGCAACAACAGCGUGAAGCCAAUUCUCCUCCGAACAAGAAGUGAAAAAAGCGAGCGAGUCACAUUCGACAACCACUCCCCCAACAACUCAAUCGUCGCAAUCCCGAUAAAACCCAAAAACAAAAACAAGAGAGAAGCCCCCAAAGAGAGCUCUAUACUAAGCAUCUCGGAGGUGGGCCCGUCGCCUUCUGAGGUGGCGGCAAUGAUUGCGAAGUACCCUUUGAAAAACGAGAACGGGAGCUCGGUUAUGGACGGGUGGAGUGCGGACGAGAGUGUGGAGGGGCUGAGGUCAAAGCUGGACAGGUGGCGAAUGGAGGUGCCGCCACUUUACGACAACAAUAACAACAAUGGCUAUGGCUUCUCAUCAAGAUCGUCGCGCUAUUAUGGAGGAGGGCGCAGAAGGGGCAGUGAGGGAAGCGGCUUGUUUUCGUGCUUUGGGAAUAUAUGUGGGUACGAGUGCCAGUGCGUGUGCGGGACAAGGAGCCAAGGGUAUAUGAACUCCUCGCUCGGAAGCCGCUCCUAUAUUUGA